AUGCGCGACUGGCUGCGUGAUCCUGAAGUGAGCUCGUUAUGGUACGGCGCCGAUGAUUCCGAUGGCCACGCUCUGCAUAUCGGUUACGCGCCCGAAAUAAUCCACGAUGCCGACGACGCCACGUGGAAUCAGACAUUCAAUCAGGACGAGCGACGCAUUUAUUCCAUCUACGCGACCGACGAAGCUCAUAUCGGCGAAGGCCAGUUACUCGUCGAAUGGCCCCUUGAAGAAGCGCAACUCUUUAUCCUGAUCGGCCGCAAGGAUCUUUGGCAUCACCACUACGGUACCUCGGCCCUGGUCACCCUUCUUGACGAAGCUUUCGACAACCUCGAACUCCACCGCGUUUGGGUGGACGUUCCGGAGUACAACGAACACGCGCUUCAAAUGUUCCGGCACCUGGGCUUUGUGCUCGAAGGACACUUGCGUCGCACCCACCGGAAAGACGGCAAUUGGUACGACUCCUUCGCGAUGGGAUUGCUGACUGAUGAAUACCACCGCCGCCGCGAACGGGUUUUGUCCCAAUACACGGCGUAG